UUGUUUGCAAACGUGGGUAGAGAAGCAGUGGGCCAAUCAAAAACCGUGUGUUCUUUCUUUUUCUUUUCAAUAUCUUCUGCCGCGAAUUCGUUUCUCUUUGACGGCAACAACCAUAUCGAUCACAACAUCGCUAAUAAUUGAAGGUUCAAUCUCCAUGGCUGGGUCUACUUGCGCUUCUUCUUGUUGCGCCUCUGCGCUCAUUCCUAAAUCAACACCUCGAAUUUCAUCGCUCCUUAACGGCAAUGCAAGUUUCGUCAAUAACCGAAUUUCUCGCUUUCGAGUUAGGGUUUCCAUGGUUGAUUCUUCCUCCUCCGAUUUUACUAAACGCAUGGAGCAAGCUUGGUUAAUCUCUCAGCAACCAAGACCAGUCGUGUGUUCAUCUUGCAACUCAAAAGGGCAUAUUGAAUGCAAAUGGUGUGGAGGAACUGGUUUUUUGGUUCUUGGUGACCACAUGCUUUGUGAAGUUCCAUCCAGAAACACUAGUUGUAUUAUUUGCACUGGAAAGGGAUCAAUGUGCUGCUCAAAUUGUCAAGGAACGGGCUUUCGUGCAAAGUGGUUGGAAGAGCCUCCUACAUCCUAGAUGAAAUAAUACUACUGAAAUGGUCGACAUAUGUUUCAAGUUGGGAGGAUUGGAGUUGUAUUACGUCACUUGCUGCAUCUGUCUGACUGGUGCAGCACUCACUUUUGUUUUUUCAGUAUACGCCUAUUAUGUUGUUGUAUUUUUCUUUGUAUAAUAACAUGUACAAGUGUAAUUGUUUUACCAAAUGAAACAGAGUAUGCUUGAAACCACAAAUGUAGGUUUCAGUUUCAAACAUGUAAAUGCCAAGCUUCCUAUAAGGACACAAUAUAUGAAAGUUGUUUGAUUUUGUAAGGAACAGUUGAGUAGGAUGUAGUUAAAAAUUAUAUUGAUUUUAUGUAUAUUGUAAUUCUUUGCACUAAUGAUGUUCUUUGAUUCUUUUAUC